AAUGGCCGGAAAUCGACAGCAUACUCCAUACGUUCAUCCUAAGAAUUCUGGGYUCGUCGAUGGUGUGAUUCAUUUACCAGGGGUCAAUAAAGAGUUUCUGAGUCAAAUCAAAGAUCUUCCAGUCCAAGCUGAGGAUUUGUUUGUCGCCACGUACCCCAAAUCAGGAACAACAUGGGUUUCCGAAAUCAUUUUUCAAAUUAUUCGUGAUGCAAGCAUCGACAGAAGACCAAUCAGCAAACGAGUACCGUUUCUUGAGGGCUUGAAGCUCUUUAACAAUGUCAAUACAAAGGAAGAACUCAAUGACUUGUAUUUGAAUCAUCCUUCACCGCGUAUCUUCAAGACUCAUUUACGAUACCAUGAAGUACCCAUGGGAGAUGGUAAAACCAACAAACCAAAGUACAUCUACUUGGCGCGGAAUCCAAAAGACACUGCUGUAUCGUAUUACCAUCAUUAUCGGCUUUUGAAACUUUACGAAUUUGGUUCUGAUCGAACAUGGGAUGAAUUCUUUGAGAUGUUUAUCGAUAGUCGAGUUCAGUUUGGCUGCUGGUUUGAUCACGUGCUUGGAUGGUGGGCUCAUCGUGAUGAUGACAWUGUUCUGUUCCUAAAGUAUGAAGACAUGAAAAAGGACCUGCCUUGUGCUGUUCAACAAAUAGCCAAAUUUCUUGGUAAAGAUUUAUCUCCAGAGAUGAUUCAACGUAUCGCUGACCAAACAACCUUUACUGCCAUGUCUGAUAGCAAAGGACGUUUCUACGAUGGUGACCCAGACGCCAUAAAAUGGAGCAACCCGGGUACAACAAAGUUCAUUCGAAAAGGCGAAGUUGGUGACUGGAAAAACUACUUCACUGAUGAACAAAACCAACAAUUUGAUGAAAUGUACGAGAAGAAAAUGGCUGGGAGUGGACUGGAAAUAGAAUUCUGAAUCACGUCUGUGAGUUUUCUCAAUUU